GCGGAGGCACGGGGCUGCUGAUCGGAUCGCUCUCGUGCUGCAUCGCGUCGUCGCGUUUCAUUCAUAAAUCUCCCGCCAGCUGCGGCCUCGCGCUCCCGUCGCGGAUCCAGGCGGCUCGCGCGUCGCGGCGACCCUCCGCGCGGCCAUGGCGGCGCACAAACCCGUGGAGUGGGUCCAGGCCGUGAUCACCAGGUUCGACGAGCAGCUCCCCAUUAAAGUCGGACACCAGAACACUCACACCAAAGUCAGCACAGAGCACAACAAGGAAUGUCUGAUCAACAUCUCCAAGUACAAGUUCUCCCUCGUCAUCAGCGGCCUCACCACCAUCCUCAAAAAUGUCAACAACAUGCGGAUAUUCGGAGAAGCUUCUGAGAAGAACCUCUACCUCUCCCAGCUCAUCAUCCUGGACACCCUGGACAAGUGCCUGGCUGGGCAAUCCAAGGACUGCCUCCGUCUGGACGAGACCAUGCUGGUCAAACAGCUGCUGCCGGAGAUCUGCCAUUUCAUCCACACGUACCGUGAAGGCCACCAGCACGCCGCCGAGCUCCGGGCCUCGGCGUCGGCCGUCCUCUUCUCUCUGAGCUGCAACAACUUCAACGCCGUCUUCAGCCGCAUCUCCACCAGGCUGCAGGAGCUGACGGUUUGCUCCGAGGACAACGUGGACGUCCACGACAUCGAGCUGAUGCAGUACAUCAACGUGGACUGCUCCAAGCUCAAGAGGCUGCUGCAAGAAACUGUGUUGAAGUUCAGAGCUCUGAAGAAGCCGGCCCAGCUAGCCGUCAUCAACAGUUUAGAGAAGGCGUUUUGGAACUGGGUGGAGAAUUACCCCGAUGAGUUCACCAUGCUCUACCAGAGACCUCAGGCUGAUAUGGCAGAAGCAGCAGAGAAGUUGUUCGAUCUGGUCGACAGCUUCGCAGAGAGCGCCAAGAGGAAGGCGGCCGUGUGGCCUCUGCAGAUCAUCCUCCUCAUCCUCUGUCCAGAGAUCACACACACCAUCUCCAAAGACACCGUGGAGGACAGCAAGGCCAACAAGAAGCUGUUUCUGGACAGUUUGAGGAAAGCCCUGGCCGGUCAGGGCGGCAGUAAACAGCUGAUGGAGAGCGCCGCCAUCGCCUGCGUCAAACUGUGCAAAGCCUCCACCUACAUCAACUGGGAGGACCACUCCACCAUCUUCCUGCUGGUCCAGUCCAUCGUCAUGGAUCUCAAGGCUCUGCUGUUCAACCCAGCCAAACCCUUCUGGAGGGGGACGGGCAGCCAGAACGCCGACGUGGAGCUCAUGAUGGACUGCUUCGUCUCCUGUUUCCGCAUCAACCCUCACAACAACCAGCACUUUAAGGUCUGUCUGGCCUCCUCCUCCCCCUCCACCUUCCACUUUGUCCUGGUCAACUCGUUGAACAGAAUCAUCACAAACUCUCAUCUGGACUGGUGGCCUAAGAUCGAUGCGGUCUACUGCUACUCCGGAGAGCUCCGCUUCAUGUUCUCAGACACCCUGAACCGGGUCACCCAGGGCGCCGGCACCCACCCUCCUCUACGCAUGACCCCGAGUCUGACGUUCAAAGGGAAGAUGUCCACCAGCCUUAAGUUCAAAGAGAAAGCCACAGAACUGGACACUCGAAGCUACAAGUGCCUUCUCCUCGCUCUGGUCAAACUCAUCCACGCCGACCCCAAACUCAUGCUGCAUAAUCCGGUGAAACAGGCUCCAGAGAUGCAGAGCAGCACAGCGGAGCUCAUCACCGGUCUGGUGCAGCUGGUGCCUCUGACUAACACCACCCAGCUCUCACAGGAAGCCAUGGAGGCUUUGUUAGUUCUGCACCAGCCAGAGACCAUCGAGCUGUGGAACCCUGACGCCCCCAUAGAGACGUUCUGGGACAUCAGCUCACAGGUUCUCUUCCUCAUCUGCUGCAAACUGAUCGGCCAGCAAAUAAUAAACGGGACAGAAGUUCUGAAAUGGCUGAGGGAGAUCCUCAUCUGCAGGAACAAGUUUCUGCUCAAGAACAAGGAGUGUGCCACGAUGGGCGGAGCCAUCCCCAUGUGUCGUCAGGCCCAGACGAAGCUGGAGGUUUCCCUCUACAUGUUCCUGUGGAGUCCAGAGACCGAGGCCGUGCUGGUGUCCAUGUCGUGUUUCCGUCACCUCUGUGAGGAGGCGGACAUCCGCAGCGCCGCCGACGAGGUGCCGGUCCAGAACAUCCUGCCCAACUACGCCACCUUCAGUGAACUGGCCUCCGUCAGCAACAUGAUGGGAACGGGCCGUUCCACACUACAGAAGAGGGUGAUGGCUUUGCUCCGGAGGAUAGAGCACCCAACACCAGGAAACAUCGAGGCCUGGGAGGACACGUACACUAAAUGGGACCAGGUCACCAAACAGAUCCUCAACUUCCCUAAAAACAAGGCAGAAGACGGACAGGAGUGGAUCAACAUGACGGGCUUCCUGUGUGCUCUGGGCGCCGUUUGCCUCCAGCAGCGCAGCACCCCCGGCCCGGCCACCUACAGCCCCCCCAUGGGCCCCAUGAGCGAGCGUAAACACUCCAUGAUCUCCAUGGGACCAUGUGACGUCUCCAACCCCGUCGCCUCCGCCUCCACCUCCUCCUGCUCCUCGUCGGCCUCCAGCGAGACGCCCGUCAGCCGCUUCCUGGACCGGCUGCUGGCCCUGCUGGUGUGCGGACACGACCGGGUCGGCCUCCACGUCCGGACCAACGUGAAGGACCUGCUGGGUCUGGAGCUCAGCCCGGCCCUCUACCCGAUGCUCUUCAACAAGCUGAGGAACAGCAUCGGGAAGUUCUUCGACACGCAGGGACCGGUUCCCAUCAACGACACUAACACUCAGUUUGUGGAGCAGACCAUCGCCAUCAUGAAGAACCUGUUGGACAACCACACAGAGGGCAGCUCUGAACACCUGGGACAGGCCAGCAUCGAGACCAUGAUGCUCAACCUGGUCAGGUAUGUGCGUAUCCUUGGCAACGCGGUCCACGCCAUCCAGAUCAAGACCAAGCUGUGUCAGCUGGUGGAGGUGAUGAUGGAGAGACGAGACGACCUGUCCUUCUGCCAGGAGAUGAAGUUCAGGAACAAGAUGGUGGAGUAUCUGACGGACUGGGUGAUGGGAACCUCCAACCAAGCCGCUGAUGACGACAUCAAGUGUCUGACGAGGGACCUGGACCAGGCCAGCAUGGAGGCGGUGGUGUCUCUGUUAGCUGGUCUCCCCCUUCAGCCGGAGGAGGGAGACGGAGUAGAACUGAUGGAGGCCAAAUCUCAGCUCUUCCUCAAGUACUUCACCCUCUUCAUGAACCUGCUGAACGACUGCAGCGAGGUGGAGGAUGAAGGUCAGGCAGUGGGGGGGAGAAAGAGAGGGAUGUCCCGCCGCCUGGCCUCCCUCCGUCACUGCACCGUCCUCGCCAUGUCCAACCUGCUCAACGCCAACGUGGACAGCGGCCUCAUGCACUCCAUCGGUCUCGGUUACCACAAGGACCUGCAGACCCGAGCCACCUUCAUGGAGGUCCUGACUAAGAUCCUGCAGCAGGGGACGGAGUUCGACACGCUGGCGGAGACGGUGCUGGCCGACCGCUUCGAGAGGCUGGUGGAGCUGGUGACCAUGAUGGGAGACCAGGGGGAGCUGCCCAUCGCCAUGGCGCUGGCCAACGUGGUCCCGGGGUCCCAGUGGGAUGAGCUGGCCCGAGUCCUGGUGACGCUGUUCGACUCCCGUCACCUCCUCUACCAGCUGCUGUGGAACAUGUUCUCCAAAGAGGUGGAGCUGGCCGACUCCAUGCAGACGCUCUUCAGGGGAAACAGCCUGGCCAGCAAAAUAAUGACCUUCUGUUUCAAGGUAUACGGGGCAGCGUACCUGCAGAAGCUGCUGGAGCCUUUAUUAAGAGGAGUCAUCACAACACCUGAACACAUCAGCUUUGAGGUGGACCCCACCAGGCUGGAACAAGGUGAGAACCUGGAGGACAACCAGAGGAACCUGCUGCAGAUCACAGAGCGGUUCUUCCAGGCCAUCAUCGGUUCCUCCAACGAGUUCCCCCCACAGCUCCGCAGCGUCUGCCACUGUCUCUACCAGGCUACUUGCCACUCUCUACUGAAUAAAGCAACAGUAAAAGAAAAAAAGGAAAACAAAAAAGCCGUGGUGAGUCAGCGUUUCCCACAGAACAGCAUCGGCGCCGUGGGCAGCGCCAUGUUUCUACGCUUCGUCAACCCGGCCAUCGUGUCUCCGUACGAGGCCGGCAUCUUGGAGAAGAAGCCCCUCCCCCGGAUAGAGCGGGGCCUCAAACUCAUGUCCAAGAUUCUGCAGAGCAUCGCAAACCACGUCUUGUUUACAAAAGAAGAACACAUGAGGCCUUUUAAUGACUUCGUCAAGAGCAACUUUGAUUCAGCCAGAAGGUUCUUCUUGGACAUAGCCUCCGACUCUCCCCCCAGCGACUCGGUCAACCACAGUCUGUCGUUCAUCAGUGACGGGAACGUUCUGGCUCUCCACCGCCUGCUGUGGAACAACCAGGAGAGGAUCGGCCAGUACCUCUCCAGUAACAGGGACCACAAGGCCGUGGGCCGGCGACCUUUUGACAAGAUGGCCACCCUGCUGGCCUACCUGGGUCCUCCUGAACACAAACCAGUGGCUGACACGCACUGGUCCAGUCUCAACCUGACCAGCUCCAAGUUUGAAGAGUUCAUGACCAGGCACCAGGUCCAUGAGAAGGAGGAGUUCAAGGCCUUAAAGACCCUCAACAUCUUCUACCAGGCAGGAACCUCCAAGACCGGCAACCCAGUGUUCUACUACGUGGCCCGCAGGUUCAAAACAGGCCAGAUCAACGGUGACCUGCUCAUCUACCAUGUCCUCCUCACUCUCAAACCCUACUACGCCAAACCCUACGAGAUAGUAGUGGACCUAACGCACGUAGGACCCAGCAAUCGCUUCAAGACCGACUUCCUGUCCAAGUGGUUCGUGGUCUUUCCCGGCUUCGCCUACGAGAACGUGGCGGCCGUGUUCGUCUACAACUGCAACACCUGGGUGAGGGAGUACACCAAGUACCACGAGCGUCUGCUGACGGGCCUGAAGGGCAGCAAGCGGCUCCAGUUCAUCGACUCUCCGGCUAAGCUCGCCGAGCACAUCGAACCGGACCAACAGAAGCUGCCGGCGGCCACGCUGACCCUGGAGGAAGACCUCAAAGUGUUCCACAAUGCCCUCAAGCUGGCCCACAAAGACACCAAGGUCUCAAUAAAGGUGGGCUCGACUGCGGUUCAGGUGACCUCGGCCGAGCGGACCCGUGUCCUCGGCCAGCCCGUCUUCCUCAACGACGUCUACUACGCCUCCGAGAUCGAGGAGAUCUGCCUGGUGGACGAGAGCCAGUUCACCCUCACCAUGGCCAACCAGGGCACGCCGCUCACGUUCAUGCACCAGGAGUGCGACGCCAUCGUCCAGUCCAUCAUCCACAUCCGGACACGCUGGGAGCUGUCGCAGCCCGACUCCAUCCCACAGCACACCAAGAUUCGACCCAAAGAUGUUCCCGGUACUCUGCUCAACAUCGCCCUGCUGAACCUGGGCAGCUCUGACCCCAGCCUCAGGUCGGCAGCUUACAAUCUGCUGUGUGCAUUGACCUGCACCUUCAACCUAAAGAUAGAGGGCCAGCUGCUGGAGACGUCGGGCCUCUGCAUCCCGGCAAACAACACCCUCUUCAUCGUCUCCAUCAGCAAGACGCUGGCUGCCAACGAGCCCCAUCUGACACUGGAGUUUCUGGAGGAGUGCAUCUCCGGCUUCAGCAAGUCCAGUAUCGAGCUGAAGCAUCUCUGUCUGGAGUACAUGACGCCCUGGCUGCUCAACCUGGUUCGCUUCUGUAAGCACAACGACGACGCCAAACGCCAACGCGUCACCGCCAUUUUGGACAAACUCAUCACCAUGACGAUCAAUGAAAAGCAGAUGUACCCGUCCAUCCAGGCCAAGAUCUGGGGCAGCCUGGGCCAGAUAACCGACCUGCUGGAUGUGGUGUUGGACAGCUUCAUUAAGACCAGCGCUACAGGAGGACUGGGAUCCAUCAAAGCUGAGGUCAUGGCUGAUACCGCAGUGGCUCUGGCUUCAGGGAACGUCAAACUGGUCUCUAGCAAGGUGAUUGGUCGGAUGUGUAAGAUCAUCGAUAAGACGUGUCUGUCGCCGACGCCCACUCUGGAGCAGCACCUCAUGUGGGACGACAUCGCCAUCCUGGCCCGCUACAUGCUCAUGCUGUCCUUCAACAACUCUCUGGACGUGGCGGCCCACCUGCCCUACCUGUUCCACGUGGUCACCCUGCUGGUGGCCACCGGGCCGCUCUCCCUCCGGGCCUCCACCCACGGCUUGGUCAUCAACAUCAUCCACUCACUCUGCACCUGCUCGCAGCUCAACUUCAGCGAGGAGACGAAGCAGGUUCUGAGGUUGAGUCUGACCGAGUUCUCGCUGCCAAAGUUCUACCUUCUGUUCGGCAUCAGUAAAGUGAAGUCGGCGGCCGUCAUCGCGUUCCGCUCCAGCUACAGAGAUCGCUCGUUCUCCCCGGGUUCCUACGAGAGGGAGACGUUCGCCCUGUCCUCUCUGGAGACCGUCACCGAGGCCCUACUGGAGAUCAUGGAGGCGUGUAUGAGGGACAUCCCGGCCUGCAAGUGGUUGGACCAGUGGACAGAACUCGCUCAGAAGUUUGCGUUCCAGUACAACCCGUCCCUUCAGCCCCGGGCGCUGGUGGUGUUCGGCUGCAUCAGUAAGAGGGUGAGCCACGGACAGAUCAAGCAGAUCAUCAGGAUCCUCAGCAAGGCCAGUCCUCUGCUGAGCAUCGACCGGGGUCUGGAGAGUUGUCUGAAGGGUCCCGACAAUUACAACAGUCAGGUUCUGAUCGAGGCCACCGUCAUCGCUCUGACAAAGCUGCAGCCUCUACUCAGCAAGGAGUCCCCCAUGCACAAAGCUCUGUUCUGGGUGGCGGUCGCUGUUCUUCAGCUGGACGAGGUCAACCUGUACUCGGCCGGAACCGCCCUGAUGGAGCAGAACCUCCACACGCUGGACACCAUGCGCGUCUUCAAUGACAAGAGUCCAGAGGAGGUGUUCAUGGAGAUCAGGCGUCCUCUAGAGUGGCACUGUAAGCAGAUGGAUCACUUUGUGGGACUAAACUUCAGCGCCAACUUCAACUUUGCUCUGGUGGGACACCUGCUGAAAGGCUACAGACACCCGUCUCCCACCACGGUGGCGAGGACCGUGAGGAUCCUUCACACGCUGCUCGCUCUCAUCAGCAAACAUCUGAAAUGUGACAAGUUUGAGGUCAACACCCAGAGUGUGGCCUAUCUAGCUGCCCUGCUCACCGUCUCUGAGGAGGUCCGGAGUCGCUGCAGCCUCAAACACAGGAAGUCUCUGCUGAUCUCCGACCUCUCCAUGGACCCGGUCCCCAUGGAAACGUACUCCACCCACAUCAUCGACCCCAGCUGCAGGACUCUGAGGGAGACUCAGCCGUGGACGUCUCCUCAGGUGUCGGAGCGCUACCUGUCGGCCCAUCACUACCCCACCGUCGGCCAGAUCAGCCCGCGGACACGCAAGUCCAUGAGCCUGGACAUGGGCCAGCCCUCACAGGCCAACACCAAGAAGCUCCUGGGCACCAGGAAGAGCUUCGAUCACCUCAUAUCGGACUCUAAAGCACCAAAGAGACCGGAGAUGGAGUCUGGAAUGACCACGCCCCCUAAGAUGAGGCGAGUCGCGGAGAACGACUACGAGAUCGAGACUCAAAGAAUGGGAAACCCUCACCUCCGUAAGGUCUCCGUCUCUGAGUCCAACGUCCUGCUGGAUGAGGAGGUUCUGACCGACCCAAAGAUCCAGGCUCUGCUGCUCACUGUGCUGGCCACGCAGGUGAAAUACACCACGGACGACUUCGACCAGAGGAUUCUGUACGAGUACCUGGCUGAGGCCAGCGUUGUCUUCCCAAAGGUGUUCCCUGUUGUACACAACCUGCUGGACUCAAAGAUCAACACGGUUCUGUCCAUGUGUCAGGACACCAACCUGCUGAACCCGGUCCACGGCAUCGUGCAGAGUGUGGUGUACCACGAGGAGUCGCCCCCCCAGUACCAGCCCUCAUACCUACAAAGCUUUGGCUUUAACGGUCUCUGGAGGUUUGCCGGUCCGUUCUCUAAGCAGACCCAGAUCCCGGACUACGCCGAGCUCAUCGUGAAGUUCCUGGAGGCGUUGAUUGACAGCUACCUGCCGGCGGCGGAGGAGGCGGGGGAGGAGCAGCUGAGGACGCCCACCUCCCCCUACCCCCCCACCCAGAGCCAGCUCAGCAUCACUGCCAACCUCAACCUGUCCAACUCCAUGACCUCACUGGCCACCUCGCAGCACUCCCCAGGUGUGGACAAGGAGAACGUCCAGCUCUCCCCCAGCUCUGCUCUCUCCAGCGGGGGACGGACUCGUCACGGAUCGGCCAGUCAGGUCCAGAAGCAGCGCAGCGCCGGCAGCUUCAAGAGGCCCAGCAUCAAGAAGAUCGUGUGAUCGGCCUCCUUCCUCCUCCUCCUCCUCCUCCUCCUCCUCCUCCUCACCCCUCACCUCCCUCGGCCUGCCAGACCUCAUGCUGCACUCCACCUUUUACUCCCUUUUGUCUCCCCCCUCCUCUGGCAGUGAUUCUCUGUUUCACAUCGAGGAGGAAACUUUGAAUUAUUUUGUUUGUGCUGCUUUCAAAUGUUUCAUUUGGAGGAGGAGCUUCUGUUGGAUCGUUCAUGUUCUCGUUGGGAUGGAGGUCACACAUGUGAAACUAUCGGAGGGUGGGUGGGGGGAUAAACCCUCUAAGCCUGA